ACUUUAGAGUGUGUGUGAAGAAAGAGAGAAGUGUAUCCAGUGGCCGAUGUGUUUUCCAUCCACUGGCUCCUGUGGCCGUGAACAAAAGCCUGUGCUGUUUAUUCUGCCUCAACCUGGGCCUUCAGUCUCAGGUGAUUGGGACCAGGACUGGGCCAGUAUCUGUGCUCCACCAUCGUGGCUCCAGGACAGAGACACAUUGUCCACAGCUUUUUUUAAUUAAAGACCACAGGUUGACACUCUGUGCCAGGUGACCUGGAGUGAUCCGAGCCUCCGUGUGCCCAACACCGUCCUCUCCACUGGGGAUAAGUCUCAGUGGAUAAUUAGAGAGGGAAAUGCAAUACAGUUAUCAUGAGAUGAGAUGGAGGUAAGGAUUAUCUUCUGAGGAGGGGACUGGGGAAUAAUGUGAUGUUUUCUUCUUUCCAUGUCCAGCCCACCUGCCUCACCCCCCACGUGUCUCUCUCUCUCUCUCUCCCUCUCUCUUUCUCUCUCCCUCUCUCUCUCUCUCUCUCUGAGUCUCAGGACCAGGUUAUAAGAGAGGGAGGAGGAAGCCUAGUGACUUUUUUCAAUGACAUCAAGUUGUUCAUCUCUUAUUUUGUACUAAAUAGGAUUUUCCAGAGUCAACAUGGAGCAUCCAGACUCCAGGAUCUUGGUCUCUUUACUCCUUCUUCUUCAGCUCCUGUCCGUCAGCAGUAUCCCAGGUCAAAAAACAACAGUCACCUGGUGUGUGUUGUCUGACGCUGAAGAGCAAAAGUGUCUGGACUUGGCUGGAAAUGCCACAGCUCUGAAUAUUAGAGGGACUUUGCAAUGUGUUCGUGGCCUGGACACCAGAGACUGUAUGGACAAAAUCAAGAAUGGAACAGCAGAUGCAGCCUCCAUGUUUGCAGAUGACAUUUACGCCGCUGGAUUCUGUCACGGACUGGAGCUGGCUGCAGGCGAAUCACACAACGGAGUUGAUGGAAUUAGCUACUACGUGGUGGCGAUGGCUCGGAGCUCGUCUGCAGACCUCUCCCUGCUGGAGAUGCAUGAACGCAGCUCCUGUCAUCCUGGUAUGAGGACCACCGUGGGCUGGACCGUUCCUAUCGGCUACCUGGUCAACACCUCCCAGAUCAGCGUAGGGGAGCAGUGUAACUUCCCCAGAGCUGUGGGAAACUUUUUUGGUUACAGCUGUGUGCCAGGGGUCAAGGACGCCCAGCAUGACCCCAGAGGCAUGAACCCCAGAAAUCUGUGUGAGGCCUGCAUCGGAGACGAGAACGACCGGCAUAUCUGUGCCAGCAACCGCAGAGAGAGACACUACGGAGAGUCUGGAGCGCUUAGGUGUGUGGCUGAAAACCUGGGAGACGUGGCCUUCGUCAAACACACCACAGUCUUUGACAACGUGGACGGUAAGAACCAGGAGUCCUGGGCCCUGGACUUGGAGCUAGACGACCUGAAGCUGCUAUGUCCAGAUGGUACCGAGGCGGGUCUGCACGAGCACAAACGCUGCCACCUGGCAGCUGUCCCCGCCAAUGCUGUGGUGGUGAGAAUGGAGGACAAGUGUCGCGUCUGGAAGUUCCUGGAACGUUUACAGACUGCGUUUGGAAACUCCACUGAAGGCUUCCGGAUGUUCGACUCAACAGGCUACGGCGGAACUGAUCUGCUCUUCAGCGACGCCACCCACCACCUGCAGAGGGUGCUGGGUAGCUACACCUCCUGGCUGGGCUCCACAUACACCACCAUGCUGCAGGCCUUCGAGUGUGAGGGCUUCUGCUGAUGGAACAGGAGGAAGACUUCCAGAGCAUCAUCAUUCCUCUGUCUCCCUCCUUCCUCCCAUCCUGCCCUCCCUCCCUGCCAUCUGCGUCUCUCUGUCUCGCCGUCCCUCCGCCUCUUUUCCCUCCACUUCGGGUUUGUUUUCUCCCAGCAUUUACCACCAAUUCUCCAUUAUUUCACUCCUGUCCUCCUCCAACCCGCUGAGAUAUCUCCUUCACCUGGCAGAUCAGGACAUCGUUAACAGAAACAUCCCUUAAAUUGAACAUUUUAAAGAGACACUGGGGGAGAGAGUGUGAGCGAGAGAGUAUUAAAUAGGAAAGAAUAGCACGAAAUAAAGAGGGAUAAGAACGGGAUAAUGGCUCGUGGUAGUUGUUAUGGUAUUGACUACGUGUUUUUUUUCUUCUUGUAUUUUUACUUCAGAGCCAUUUUAAUGAGGACAAUUCAGUGGAAUUACACAAGCAGCAUUAAAAGUGCCCUCAGAAACUGACUUUCACACAGGUAUAAAAAUAUCAAGUGGAUUAAGGCCACCUGGUUGCAAAGUGAGGACCAAGAAAAAAAGUCCAGAAUGGCUUAUUGAUUUUUGAAACAAACUUAGUAGAUGAAAGUCAUUGUAAACAUGAGGCCAUCUGGGUAGACAACGUACACACUCACACGGUUGAUUAUUAGUUUCUGGUUUCUGGAAAUUAUGAUCAAAAUGAAUCCUUUUCAGGACGUGGAGGUUUAAUGCCAGUUUGACUUUUGUUGAAUUUACGUCAGCUUCUUUUCUGCAACAAAAACUAAAAGGAAACUAAACAGAAUGUUAUUGUCACGUAAAUGGGAAAUACCAACUGUAACAAUGCAUGAGUAAACAUAGGAAAUACAUAUACAUAUAUAGACAUGUAUGUAUACAUAUAUAUAUACAUACAUAUAAAUAAACACAGUGUAUAUGUUACAAAUACAAAACAACAACAACACAAUAUACGUGUGUGUACAUUUAUAUAUAUAUAUAUUCAUAUAUAUUUUUCCAUCUCAUAUUUCAUAUAUAUAUAUAUAUAAAAAGUUUCUACCCAGACUCAAACCACUAAUCUGACCGCUGUAAGGCAGAGGCAGUGACCACUCGUACACUGUGCGGUCCUGCUGUAGAACAGAGAAGCAUUCAUUCUCGUCAUUGACUUCCAUUCAUACAGAGUAACAUCUGGCACCACAGGAACCGUUCUCCCAGGACGUCACUAAUGGCUGAUGUCUGUUUGUUACACACAGUCCCUGCUCGGCCACGUCAUCCUGAAGUCAUAAUGUGAAACAUCUCCUUGUGUUCAGAGAAGUUGUGUUUUUAUAAUAUGCCCCCCCCCCCACACACACACACACACUCCCUCACAGGGUCCGUCUGUGGCACUGAACAACAUGGUGCUAUUAACUUUGAGCUUAGAAAACUCAGUAGCUGUGUGUGUGUGUGUUUUGGUGAGUGAGUGUGUUUUUUUUUUUUUGCCUGCAGCUAUCUAAUCCAGUGUAUUACACCGGGUGUUUGUUAGUGUGUUCUGUAGGAAUGUGUCGAUUUGUGUGUGUGUGUGUGUGUGUGUGUGUGUGUGAGCGUUUGCUGCUUUCCCAUGGCUGGUAUAGCUUUCCACUGUGGAUCACUGCUUUCUCAUGUCAAGUACGGUGUAGCUCGGCGUGUUGUUACACCGUACUGUGAGGUGACUGAGAAACAGAGGUUUGUUGUUUUGGCCUCUGUUUCCUCCACUGACCCCAGACUGAAGCUUUUCUCCCAGAAAAACAAUGUUAUUUUCACAUCUCUAACAAUACUUGUCUCCCCCAAACUCUUCAAUCCUCCUCCUCAACCCUUUCCUGUAUUUCCUGCUUCUAUUUGGGUUUUUAAAUAUACAGUAAUUCAUCGAACGCAUUGAAAUAACUGUGCGUCCUAAAAGAAUCAGUGCAGUAGCGAGACAGUGAUAUGAUUGGUGGUAGGGGGCGUUAGAGGUCGCUGUUACAUGCAGAAAUUAGCGCAGGCAGUGUGUAGAAAUAAUACGUAAUAAUUAUCACGAGUGUAACUGAAUUAAUGUGCUAUGGACUAAUGGUGUGUGAACAUCACUUAAACCUUUAAUGACUUUCAACUAUUAGUCACUGUCAGCAGACAAUAAAAAAUCACCAGCUUGUUUAAAAACACCAGGGGUCAUCAUGUACGGUGGUAAUACACUGCCCUGUCAAAACACAUCUGUCACAUGACCCAUGUCAUGUUGACCCAGAGUCUAAUCUCUGUGCUUCCAAAAUUCAAAUCUUUGAUUUUGUCCUUGACUAAAAAAGAAAAUCUUAAUCGAUCUCAAUUAAUAUUCUAGAAUUUUCUUUAUAAUAUGCAUGUGAAAAAGUCUAUUAAAAGACGCUGUACCUUCUCUUAUUGUUGUUUAUUUCAUGAUUUGACCUUAAAUGUUUUCAUGAUCUUCAAAGAUUAGCAGAUGGAAAAAGUUUUGAUUUUAUUUUUCUUUUCAAAUUCUGAAAAUAAAGGCUUCAUUGUAAUCAAAAGGUCGGAAUUCUAAGGAAAAAAAUUAGAGACUCCUGAUUUAUAUUUAAAUGAAUAAAAUUGAUGACUCUUCUCUGCUAAUAUGGAGUUAAAAAAAGGUCUAAGAUUAGGUCUGGGGAAAAGGUCAGAAUUCCAAGGACCAAGUCAGGAGUCUGAGUGUAUUCUGAGAAGGUUUGAUGUCAUUUGUUAAAAAAAAAAACCUCCAUUGUAGUUUUCACUUGAUGUCGGCCCCAAACCAACAGAGCAACAUUAAACUCUAAAUUUCUUAGGUAAAUGUUUUUUCAACUAAAUAAGCUCAACAGCAAGAUUUUGAUUUAUUUACCUAGUGAAAUGAAUGUGAA